CUGCGGCUGCCCCGCCGGCCGAAAAGUUUCUUCAGGUGCGGAAUUCCGGACUUGGCGACCACCAGCGCGGAGUGUGCGCGCCAGUUGGGAGCCAGCCCGCUCGACGGCCCGGCUCUCACGUGUGACUGGAAGUCUAGUGCAUCAUUAACCUAAGGACCUCACCACUUGGAAGUUACAGUUUUCGCCAUCAGCUUACCUUACCCUUUUUGGUCUGGUUCUUUUCCUCAAGCAGUGGAAACAUCUUUCUUUCAAGUUGCUUUUGUUGAAGAGUUAAGCAAAUGGCUGAUAGCAGCUGUGGUAAAAAAUCCACAAAAUGCCCCAACUGUUCAUCUGCUUCUCAGAAAAAUGUACUUUGUGUAUGUUCUUGUAAAACAAAGCUUUCUCCAGUGUCAGUGGUGGAAAUGUCACAGACAUCGAGCAUUGGUAGUUCAGAAUUUAUAUUUUCACCAGAGAGAAAAAAAGAAAGACAAACCAGCAAAGAUAUUACCUCUGGAAAAGAUUUGCCCUCAAAAACCUCAAAUGUAGAGAGAAAAUCAUCUCAACAACAGUGGGGUCGAGGCAACUUUACAGAAGGAAAAGUUCCUCACAUAAGGAUGGACAAUGGAGCUGCUAUUCAGGAAAUCUAUACCUUUGGAAGAAUAUUGGGACAAGGGAGCUUUGGAAUGGUCAUUGAAGCUAUUGACAAGGAAACAGAAACUAAGUGGGCAAUUAAAAAAGUGAGCAAAGAAAAGGCUGGAAGCUCUGCUGUGAAGUUACUUGAACGGGAAGUGACCAUCCUAAAAAGUGUGAAACACGAACACAUUAUACAUCUAGAACAAGUAUUUGAGACGCCUAAGAAAAUGUACCUUGUGAUGGAGCUUUGUGAGGAUGGAGAACUCAAAGAAAUUCUGGAUAGGAAAGGUCAUUUCUCAGAGAAUGAGACCAGGUGGAUCAUUCGAAGUCUCGCCUCAGCUAUAGCCUAUCUUCACAAUAAGGAUAUAGUACAUAGAGAUCUAAAACUGGAAAACAUAAUGGUUAAAAGCAGCUUUAUUGAUGCUAACGAUGAAAUGAACUUAAACAUAAAGGUGACUGAUUUUGGUUUAGCGGUGAAGAAGCAAGGAAGGAGUGAAGCCAUGCUGCAGACCACAUGUGGGACACCUAUCUAUAUGGCUCCUGAAGUUAUCAAUGCCCACGACUAUAGCCAGCAGUGUGACAUUUGGAGCAUAGGUGUCAUAAUGUACAUUUUAUUAUGUGGAGAAGCACCCUUUAUGGCAAGCUCAGAAGAGAAGCUUUUUGAGUUAAUAAGAAAGGGAGAACUACAUUUUAAAGAUUCAGUCUGGGAUUCCAUAAGUGAUUCUGCUAAAAGUGUUUUGAAACAACUUAUGAAAGUAGAUCCUGCUCAUAGAAUCACAGCUAAGGAACUACUAGAUAACCAGUGGUUAACAGGCAAUAUACUUUCUUCGGCGAGACCAACCAAUGUGUUAGAAAUGAUGAAAGAAUGGAAAAAUAACCCAGGAAGUGAUGAGGAAAGUACAACAGACCAAAAGAACAACUGGUCCGGUCAAGAAAAGUUGAAAGGUUACCAACCCAGCAGAAGUAUCCAUGUCAGUAACUCUUCAGAUGAAGAGGAAGGAAAACAGGUAGGAAGAACCAACAAAACAAGUAGGAAGAACCAAUUGUUCCAUUUCUCCAAACUGUAAAAUACCUUCACAACACUUGGAACAUUUUUUUGCAACUCUUUUUUGUUGUUGGUUUUUAAUGGUUUGUAACAAAGGAGACCUGCAUGAUAAAGACAGUAAAGUUCUUUCCUCCCUUGAAACUAUCAUGAUUUAGCAAUGUGGCCUACAUGCUUAUUUUAGGAUCCAUGAUUAUAUAGGGCAGGUGUCUGCAAACUUUUCCUGUAAAGGAACAGAUAGUACAUAUUUUAGGCUUUGUGGGCCAUAAUAGUCUCUGUCACAGCUUCUCAACUCUGAUGUGAUAGCAUGAAAAUAGGCAUAGACAACAAAUGAAUGAGCAUGGCCAUGUUCCAAUGAAACUUUAUUUACAAAGACAGGUGGUGUGCCAGUUUUGGCUAAUGAGUCACGAUGAAUAAUUUUUGUAUUUUACCAGGCUACACAAUUUGGAAUGGGUUUAUGUAUUACCUAGAAAAAGACUUACUAAAUUAUCCAGUUAGUCGUUUCCAAUUUUAUGGUAGCUAAAACUGUUUGUAUAGUUUUAUUAUUUUACCUUAUUAGAUCUGAAUAUAGUUUUAUUAUUUUUGGUGAAUAAAAUUUAGUAACAUUUUGAUUAAUUCUA